AUGGACCUCACUGAUUCUAAAAACUCCAAACACCACCAACCCAACUCCUCUUCCUCCACCACCACCACCACCUCCGCCGUUGUUCCCACCAUCUCCUCAUCCGCCACACAAUCCUACCUCCCUCACCGCCUCCAUGGCAGGUCACCGCUGUUCAUCUCCACCCUCCACCCGCAGCCGCCUCUCUCCGCCGCCGUCGGCGGCGCCUCGUCUCCGUCGCCUUCCCCAGCCUCCGCUCCGCCGCAGGCCGUGGACGCCUCCCUGGCCAUCGCAACCAGGUCAGAAACCCUACCCGACCCCAAGACGACGCCGGCCUCCCAUCAGAAGCAGCUUCAGCCAUCAUCAUCCUCCGCCCCUCCUAAGAGGUCGACAAAGGACCGGCACACCAAGGUUGACGGCCGUGGGCGGCGCAUCCGGAUGCCGGCAACCUGCGCGGCUAGGGUUUUCCAGCUUACCCGCGAGCUUGGCCACAAGUCCGACGGCGAGACAAUCGAGUGGCUUCUCCAUCAGGCGGAGCCGGCCAUCAUAGCCGCCACCGGCACCGGCACGAUUCCGGCCAAUUUCUCCACCCUCAACAUCUCUAUGAGGAGCAGCGGCUCCACCCUCCUUGCGCCGCCCUCCAAAUCGGCUCCCCUCUCUUUCCACAGCUUAGCCGCUCAACACCCCAAUAAUUACCCUAAUUAUGAGGAAAGCUUCACUCAUAUGUUAGGGCUUCACCACCACCAACAACAACCGCCGCCGCCACUUCUUCUACCCGCGGCUCAAAUUCCGGAGGAGAAUUAUGCACGGAAGAGAUACAGAGAGGAUUUAUUCAAAGAAAACAAUUCGGAAAAUUCUCCGGGCGGCGAAGGACCCAGCUCGCCUUCUAAAACCCGCAACAGCGUCCAAAUUGUGCACAAGGAGGCACAGCCCACGGCCAUGUGGGCCGUGACCCCGGCGGCGACCGGCGGCUCCGGUAGCACGUUCUGGAUGCUUCCGGUGACAGGUGGAAAUGGGGCACAGACAUCGGAGGCGUCCCAGAUGUGGCCCUUCGCCGGUGGGAGCACGGUGCAGGCGCCGCUUCACUUGAUGCACAGGAUUAAUUACUCGGGGAAUCUCGAUUUUCAUCAACCUUCUCAGCAUCUGGGAUUGGGAAUGGCGGCCGAGUCCAAUCUCGGAAUGCUACCGACUUUUAAUGCUUAUAAUAAUAAUUCGAGAAAUAAUCUGAAUGUGAAUUCCGAGGAUGUCGAGCAGCAGCAGCAGCAGACAGACAGUGACGAUGACGGCCAAAACACUUCCCACUAA